AUGAUAGAACCAUCUGGAUCAUCGCGAUCAUCUCUUUCUGAUUCGUCAUCAUCAACUGCAUCAACAACAACGACAACGACGACAAUAACAAGUGUCGAAGAUCGUCGUCAUGCAGUUUAUGGGAUAUUUCUGUUGCAUGGAGUUGGUAUGCUCAUGUCCUGGAACAUGUUCAUUACGAUAGCACCUCAGUACUAUGUCAGUUACUGGUUCACUGUAGACGGCAAUGCAACUGGCUACGCUGAAAGCUUCAUGAGUGUCAUCGGCGCAACGUCUCAAAUCCCAAACGUUGGGAUCAUGUUUGUUAACAUAGCUAUAGUUGUCGCGGGAUCCCUCAUGUAUCGGAUUACUGUGCCUCUCAUCAUCAAUUGUUUUUUAGUGGUAAUUAUCAUAAUGCUUGUUAUAUUUGUUCAACCUAAUGACAAUGAUCGGAAUUGGUUUUACUUUGUUACACUGGUGAUAAUCAUUCUCAUGAACCUCUGCAAUGGAGUCUACCAAAACUCCUUUUAUGGACUUGUGGCUGAUUUCCCUGACAACUACCCGAACUCCAUUAUAAUCGGUAACAAUCUGUGUGGAAUCUUUACAAGUCUGAUGAGCAUAUUCACGACUCUUGUAUCUCCCGACAGCAUCAAAUUGAAUGCUCUGUUGUAUUUCUCGAUUUCUUUGGGAAUUUUGAUCAUCUGCGUACUAUCGCUUGUUUUACUAGUCAGACUGGCAUAUUACCAGCAUAUCAUGGCGAACGCAGAACAUGUGCGGAGGGAACGUGAUGCUGAACGCCCUAGCUUUGCUCAGUUCUGGGAAUGUUUCUCCUAUUGCUGGGUUCAGCUCUUCAACAACUUCUUCGUUUAUUUUGUGACCUUAACUAUUUUCCCUGCUAUGAUGACUGAAACUCCAUAUUACCGGAAGUCUGACGAGCCGUGGGGAUCUGUUUUUCCAGAAAAUCUCUACUUCGCCAUUAACACGUUCCUCAACUUCAACGUGUUCGCCUCGAUAGGAUCAUUAUCAGCCAACUAUAUACAACAGCCAAACCCAAAAUUUCUAUGGAUUCCAGUGGUACUGAGAGUGCUGUUCAUUCCUUUUUUCAUGUUUUGCAAUUACCAGCCUGUUGGAAAAAGCAGGACUGUUUUCUUCAAAAAUGAAUGGUGGUUCACCAUUGCCGGCUCGGUGAUGGCUCUUACUUGUGGCUACUUCAGUAGUUUGGCUCUCAUUUAUACGCCUAGUCCCUUGUUCUUUGUGGUUUCCCUUUUUCAAGCAAUCCAAGUAAAUCACUAG